AUGACUGGAGAGACCCAGCAUGUUUACACCAUCGGCGAUACUGAGGCUGCCCCCAAAGACCCCGACAAGGACUUUGGCUUUGAAGGCUGCGGGGAGAAGGAUGGGAGGGUGCUCGGCGGGGAGGGCACAUCCCCCUUCCCUGGCCCCAAGGACAAGGAGCCCCACAGCCAGCGGGAAGCCGUGAUCCGGCCCCAGCAAGCAGGGAAGAUCGACUUCAAAUCCCUCCAGUGCAAACCCAAAUUUGGCAAUGACAGCACUUGGGGGGAGGUCAAGGGCAGCCCCCAGUCCCCACCGGGGAAGGGCCGAGCCCGCGAGCGCAGCCGGCGCUCGGGGAAGGGCGAGCGGGGCCACCACCAGCUCUACCGGCUCAGCAUCGCCGGCACCCGGCCAAACCCCACCAUCGGCAUCGCCUACCCCCAGCAGAAGGUGACCCCCCCAAAGGAGCCGGAGGUGACUCCCCCCGUGGCCGGCAGCUACCGCUUCCAUGUGCCCAGCAUUCCCCAGCACGAGGCCGAGCUCCGGCAAGAAGAGCUCAGCUUUGGCCGCUGCUUCCCCGAUGCCGCCGCCGGCCGUACCUCCGCCAACUAUACCUCACAGCCCGGCCCCCCCCUCGGCCCCAAAGGGCAGCCCCCCACUGCCGGCAUCCCCCUCAAGAGCCCCGGCACCCAUGGGCAGCUACAUUACUUAGAGUUUCAGGCAAACAGGACCAAGUCCUGGCCUUCCCCAGAGAAGAGCUUUGCCGGUGCUAGCUACGGGAUCACGGUGCAGAAGCCCAGCUCUUUUUCUGAGGGUGGGAAAGCCAGUGUCCACAGUCUGGGGGCUUUGCCAUGCCAGUACCCCUUCCAGCUGCUGCACGACUCGGGGAAGGAGCCGUACCACGGUGAUGCGGGGAGCCAGGACUACCUGGACAUGGGGCUCACCAGCAGCCAGCUGGCACACGGUGCCUUCACCUUCCACUCCUCCUCCAGAGAGUGGCAAGAGGAGACACUGAGCGGUGGCUCCUACGAGAGCGUGUCCCCCGAAGGGAGGCUGUACCUGCCCGUCUCAGCACCACCGCCACCGUUCCUGCACCCGCCGCCACCGCCAGCCCCGCACCACAGCCCGCUGCCCUGCUGCAAAGGCAGGAGCGAGCAUCCCACCGACCCCAAUGGUGCUCUCUCGUCAUCUGGUGCUAUUGACCAAAACCCAAGCACUUUCCAAGAAAACCAAGCUGUUUUUCCGUCUAGUUUACACUCGCCUAGUAUGCCAAAGCCAGUCGGUAAGAGGCAAGCCUCAGCCAAGGACAGUGUCCCCGGCCCACGGCUGCUGGUCCAGAGCAGCCCUCUGAGAAGGAACAUGCCACCAAACUCUCUGUCCCAAGUGCACUUUCAGAGCAAAGCCUAUUGCAGUUCCCCCGUGGGCAGCACCAGCGCAGGAUCCGUGCCUUUCGAGACAAGCAUUCCCACUACGGCACCCACCCACCCCAGGCUUGUGCAAGCUUGGGAAGGUGCCACUAAGGCGUUUUCUCCCAUGGACCAGAAUUCAGCACCUUAUUCAAACCCUGUUGGAAGCCAGUUCUCAUUCGAGUGCCAGUCUGGCCCCGAGCAGAGGCAGCACAGGCAGAAAAACGCCAGGAUGCCUUGGCAGCAAAUACACCUCCCUUCUGCAAUGCCCGGUGCAAACAGGCUGGAGCUGUCGAGGCAGAUCACCAACCAGAAGCUCCACUUUCCCCUGGGCACAUCGGAAUGGCAGGGGAGUGGGAAAGCCCAGAAAGGGCCCCCCAUAAGUAACUCUCCAGGGUAUCAUGGCAAAAAGCUCUUAUCGGGAGAGAGCCUCGGGGUCCAGAGGGGAGACCCCAGUGUGACGGGCACUUUCUCUUUUGAGAGUGGGAAGGACCCGGGGUCUCCUGCCUGCGACUCAAGAAACAAAGCCGUUUUCUACAGCAUGGGUCAAGCAGGUCCUCCUCCUCCCUCAAGAAGCUCGUCGGGCUCAGCACUGGUCCUGCUGCCAUCAGCCUUGGUGGCUGCCUCCCCUUGCGAGUCCCCGCUGCCGUCCCCUGUCCCCAACCCCACCUGUGGCAGCACCUGCUCGUCGCUCUCCCCCGUGUCCAGCAGCCCACUCAACCCUGCCUUUGAAGACAGCCAGAUGUCUGGAGCGCUGACGCCCUCGCCCUUCUUCCAGCACCCCUGCCACCCCAAGGAUUCCAACAAAACCUUCCACCCCUCUGAUGUCCUGAGCCCCAACUCACUUCAUUACCCCCCCUCAGACUCCAUCAAGUCCUUCCACUUCCCUCCUGAUGCCCUGAAAGAUGACAACCUCCUGAAAUGCACCCCGGCGAGCCCAUUCCACAAACCCGGUGUGGAGGUGGCCAAAGGAUGCUCGGAUGGGCUGGAUGGGGAGCAGCCUCCACCACCGUACUCCUCCCAUCACUUGCUGGCCAGUUCACUCAACAGUGCCAGCCUGGACCAGCUGGACGUGCUCCUGACCUGCAAACAGUGUGACCAGAACUACAGCAACCUCUCAUCCUUCCUGCAGCACCGCCAGUUCUGCGCCUCCCAUCCCACUCCCCAGGGAGAGGGCAAGGAUGCUCCCCGGGCAGCCGAGGGGCAGAAAGCACUUCCCCAAGAGCCUCCCAAGCCCCCCAGCCUGGGGCUCUCUCCAGACCCCCAGGUGCAUUUGUUGACAUUAAACAAGAGCGAUGACUUCUUGCUGGACGGGGAAGGCAAAAGCGAGGGCAAGGAGGAUGCUCUGAAGGGCAGCCUCUUCAACGGCCUCACCACCACCUCUCUGCCCCUCACCGCCUCUGACCUGGAUAUUGAUGAUGCCAAGCUGGACAGCCUGAUCACUGAAGCCCUCAACGGCCUGGGGUACCAGUCAGAUAACCCAGAGAUCGACAGCAGCUUCAUAGAUGUGUUUGCCGACGAGGAGCUGACGGGCGUGAAGGCAACCAGCAGUGGGAUGUCCCACAAGGCAAAGGAAGCCCUGGCCUCAGAGAGCAAAUCAAAGCAGGCAGCAGAGGAGAAGGCAGCAGGACAGCCUAAGGCUAGCUAUUCUUAUGCAGAUGGACGCCCAGCUGGGGAGCAGGGGAAAAGAGGGGCAGGAAAGCAGCACCUUCACAAGGGGAGGGCGGCACGGAGGUUGGCAGCCCAGGAGCCGGAUCCUGGGGCAGAAGGAGUGGAGAGGACAGCAAGGCUGCGGGCAGGCAGGAAGAACAGCAUCCCACCAGCCACCACCUCCUCCAAGUCCACCUCUAGUCAAAAACAUCCCAGAAAACUCAGCCAGGAGCCUCCAGCAAAAAGCGAGGCAGGGCCAGUCAUUGCCACCAAGAGCUCCAAGCCACCACGGUUCUCCAUGAAGGACAUGAAGAAGCGGAAGCCCCGAAGCGGGACGUGGAGCAAGGAGCUCAUUCACAAGAUCGUGCAGCAGAAGAAUAAGCUCCACAAACUGCAGGUGAAGAGCAGCAAGCAGGCCCAGUUCCCUCAGGCCACUGAGAGGCCAAUGCCAGCCACCAAGGAGGGCAGGUUGCGGGAGUAUGACUACGUGUCCGACUCGGAUGAGGAUGGAGCAGAGUCCAGCAAGCCCCGGGGGAGGAGGAAGCGUGGCACGAGAUUCAUCAGGAGGAGCAAAUACAGCUUUAGCAAGAAACGCCUGGGGAGAAGUGAGAGAAUCAAAGAGAAAGACCCAGCCUGGAACUACAGCCGGAAAAGGGGCAGUCAGAAAAGGGAAGCACAGGGGGAUGGGGGGGUUCAAAGACAGGAGGAUGCUGAGAAAGAGGAUUGUGCUGCCCGAGUCCGAAGACGGAGCAGCCAGUCAUCUACCGGCAGCAACCACAGUGGUAGUGAGCCCAGAGAGAUGGGCACCAGCCCACCCCGUGCUGAAGGGGCCAGUGAGAAGGGUGGCACUCAGAGGAGAAGGCACUCAGGCAGCCCAGCACAUGUGCCAGGGACUCCACUCAGCCUUCCCAAGGACAGGAACUCAAAGGCGAGCCAGAAGAGCAAAGAGGACAUUUCCAGGUGGAGCAGGCGGUUUGGCACAGCCAAACCUUUGCUGGCAGGCUCCAGGACACAUCUGAGUCCUGAACCAGAUGUUGCUGUGAUGGACUGUGCAAAGGUGGAGCCAUUUUCACAGCCUCAGGAAAGGCAGCUGCCCAGCAUGGCCACCCCGGGCAAGAGCCCCAUUGGGAUCUCCUGUAAGGAAGAGCCCAAAGGAGCAGCAAAGCUCACAGGCGAGGUAGAAGAACCCACCCUGGAGGCUCAGAACUCACCCAGUCUGACCAUGGUCAACCAGAGGCAUCCAUUCACCUCUUUCACAAGUGAAGGGCUGAAGUACCACCCAGAAGAGAUAAUUGCUCCAUCCCACAGCAGCAACAAAGCAAGUCCUGGCCAUGUGAGUGCCACCUACUCAGAAGCAGGAAUCAAGCACUUGAAGGGACACGGGCUCUGUGACAGCCAGAAGGACUAUCCCGCUCCGGCCCCCACGUAUGGGGGGGAUGCAGUGGGAAUGAUGCUCAGUGCCAAGGCCAGCAGUGACAAUGCAUUUUUUGAUCCCAAAGGCCUUCCUGGUCACUACAAUGACAACCUCUUCCCAAAGCCCCUAACCUUGGGCUCCUCACACAUGGACGACAUGUACUUGUGUCAGGAUGACAUCAACACCAGCUCCUUCGAGCAGAAGCACUCCACCAUCUCCCCUUAUGCUGCAGAAAUUCCACAGGGCAAGGUGUCCUCCCCUCUCAGCUUUGAUUCUUCUUCGAUAUUUGGAGAGCUUCCUGUCACCGAGUUUGACCCGCCACUGUACGAGAGCGUUUCUGCCAGCAAGGAUGGAUAUGUGACAACAUUCAUCUGUCCCGGGAAUCCCCCACGCAAGCCAUUGCCCUUUGAGCAACCAUAUCCACCCUUCAUGCCAGAGAAGGACUGGUCCCUGAUGGAGGAAGUGGCUCCGAUGUUGCCAGAGGACAUGACUCAGUUCCACAGCCUCUCAGUGGAGAAGCCACUAGCCAAGAAAUUCCCCGAGGAAGGACCUGUCCCCACCAGCCAGCUCUCCCUGCCACUGCCGGACAGGAUAACGGAUUAUAACGUGACUUUUAUAAACAACAUAUCAGAUGAUGAGCUGGAGAUCAAGCGAUUAGUCACAGAGCUGGAAAGCCAACUGCAAACCAGCAAGUUGGGUAACGAGGCAUCCAUCAGCCUCCAGAAACCUGAGCAGCACCUGCAAGGACAGGAGGCCAAGAGAUUCCCACCACUGCUGGGUGAGCAAGAGGCAGGCCAGGAGAAAGGACUGUUUUUGGCAGAUGAGCUGAGCAGAUCAAGCCUCUGUGUUGGGGAGAGGCUGGGAGGUGAGAAGCCGGGCAUCACAACUGCCCACGAGGACUAUGAGAGACCCAGGGAGCCCUGGCCCUGCCCGGUGGAGCUGGGCUCACUGGAGGCCGGGCUGUGUGUUCCAGCCCCACUCACCACAAACCAUUUCUGCUCCAAAGACAGCAGUGAGCAGCUCCAGGGAACUGCAUCAGCUGAGGAAAGAGAUCCCAGAAAGCUGGAAAAUGGGUCAUCUUCCAAAAGUCUACGAGGCUCAAGCACAACAGACCACACAGAGGUUCCUGUCUACUCAGACCCCGUGACAAAAAGCUCUCCUAUUGUCACCGACUCCAUGUUCCCAAAGACGGUGGAGGCGGCAGAAGCAGCCAAAGAUCCCGUGCCAUCCCUGCCAUGCCAGCACAGUGCUGAGAGCUUACCUGUGCCAGGGAAAGCAGACACUGAUGCUGCAGAACUGGAGAAGUUUGAUGCCCAUCUUCCAAACCAUAAACCUGAAUUUGGCUUCCAUCAGGGUCCCACCCCAGCCUUGGAUCUCGCCUUUUCACCUCACAUCAAAGAGGUCCCAGAUACAGAAGAAAGAGCCUUAAGCCCCACUGAGUCACCCAAAAUGGUGCAAAGUGCCGUGGACUUCAAAGAGGGUGGUAGUGGGUCUGUGUUGGUGGAGGAAACAGAGGAGAGGAAGAGUCCAACCCCUGGACUCAAUGACAAAGCCAGCAAGCCAAAAGUGUUGCUGUUUGAUAUGCUGAGUCUGCCCAAGGAAAGCAACCGUGACUCCCGGGAGAUGUUGGCAUCUCAGGAGACAUCUGCCAACCCUCUGCAGCAGCUCCAGCUCUUUGUUGCCCGAACGGUGAAGAACAAUGAAGAGGAGUUGCUGAUGCCAUGCUUCCCCAUGCUGCUGGCUCCCAACCACCCCUCUGCCACUGCCUGCAUCCAGCCAGACCAGAAGGAGGAGGGCAGUGAUGCCUUGGAAGGGGAAAAUCGGACAUACUGCCCUGCCCAUGGGGAGGGGGUAAUCCCCAUGGGAAGCAACACAGAAAAUAUUGCUGCCCCAGGGGCAGAGGCUGUGCUUUUCUCCAGUAGUUGUGAGCAGCUGGAAUCAUUGGGUGCAAUGGGCUCUUUCCAUGCAAAACAAUCCACAUCUGCGGAGCCGGAGCCGCAAAAUGAUGUAACGGAGCUGCAGCACUUAGCAAAUGAACCUGCGGAGCCGAGUGACAUUAAUAUCCCUGCAGAUGGUGUUUCCCAAGAGCGUAAUGACCUCUCGCCACUCAAAAACACGGCGGUGACCCCACUGCCAGGGCAAGGAAGGAAAGCUGAUCAGCUCAUGGAAGAGCAGGAGGAAGAUAAAAACAACACGACCUUGGCAUUUACGAAAUAUGAGCAAUCCCAUUUUAGCCGUAGUUUGCUCAAGGAAGAAACACUGGGCAGCACAGUGGGAGAGAGGCUGGAAAGGAAUCAGGUGGGCAAGGGGCCACAGCACCUGUGCAGUGCUCCCAUGAGUUCCAUCAGCCCCCCCGCUCCCUCCGAGGAGGAUCUCCACCAGAAUCACCACGUGGUGACCGAGACUAAAGCUGGCACAGUGAAUGCAAAGGCUCCCAGAGAAGGGGAUGGCAAGUCAUCCCCCAAUGACUGUUAUCACACGGGUGAAUCUCCAAUCAGCCUGCUCUUGCCAACCCAAUUUUCUGACCCCAAAUGCUUGGAAAGCAGUGGGGCCGAGGGAGGAGAGGUCCCCAGCUUCGUCACUCAACUCUCACAUGAGAAGAAAUACAGCACCUCCCUGCCUAAUGCAUCAAGUUCAUUAGUCAUGAAGAGGUGUCCCCCUGAGGCCAACAGCCAUCACAUCCAUCGCCACACCAUGAGUUCAGUAGAGCAAGGGACAUGGAAAAAGCCAGCCACCUUUCCUCCCUUGCUGCAUCACUGCGGGGCUGUGCCGAUGGAAGCAGUUGAGGAACGUCACCAUCACCUCCCUGAUGGUGUUUUGGGUAACUAUGGACCACCUGAAAGAGAAGGGAUGGUGAGACCCUGCGCUCUAAUGCAUGGUGAUGGCCUGGUGGGGUCUGCCUUGGAGAUGGAUGGUCACCAGGAGCCUCAUGGAAGGGACUGUUCUCUUCCCUGUUCGCCACCUUUCAACCAAAAGGAUGUUGGGAAAGAGGUACCUGAAAAUGCCAGUACUGUGUUGUCAAAUUUUAAAGAAAACCAACUAUGCACCGUCACAGACAUGGUCAUUAAGUCCACUCCUUCAGAAACCCAAGAUCACUCAACCCAGCCCCCAGCAGAUCUUCUGCUCAUCAGAGAAAGAGAGGUCAACCUGAAUCAAGAGAACAAGCUUGAAAGCUGCUCCGAUGAUGGAAAUAAACAUCAAAGCGAACAAGAGACUUUGUCCAAUGGUUUUGCUGCUCAGGAAGUGACAGCUGCUGUCAGCAGAAGUUUCACAAGGGUUGAAGAUCUUGGUCCUGCUGAAUUAAAUGGUCACAAGUUUUCAGAGGCAGCAGAAGUGAGACUAGGUCUUUCCAAAACCACAGAGAGUGAAGGAAAGAGUUUAAAAGGGGAGAAAUCCAAAAGGCAUGGGGCUGGAGAAGAUGGGUGUUGUGUGUUAAACAGUGUGGACCAAGGAGAGAACAAUACACCCAACAGUACUCCAAACCCUUUCCAAAAUGAACUUCACAAAGGAAAAAAGGCAAAUGGGCUCCCAGUGACCUGUGACCUUUGUUCAGCCACUUUCCGGUCUAAGCCUGGCCUGACCAGACACAAAGCUGUCAAACACCAGGUGAAGAAUGGGGGUGUGCCACAGCCCAGCAAGACUCCCAGGUCCCCUUCAAUUCCUGCUGACAAGGUAUUGAAAACAGCCCAAAAGGUACCCAGGAGGAGCAUGAAGGCUUCGGUCAAAGGUAAAACCUCCAGCUCACAGGUGCCGACGACCAGUGUUGAACAUGUCCCCAAGAAAAUACUCCCAGACCUGGAGAAAGAGCCCAGCACAGAGAUGCAAGAGGUGGUCAGCAGAGUGCUCAGUGACCUCAGCGUGAUCUCCCUUGAGAUGUCCCAGGAACUGCACUGCACGCAUGUUUUGCAGAGGGAGAUGAAGGCAAAGGGACUGCACUCCGAGAUGAGGGGAUCAGAAGAGGUGGUGUCUGGGAAGCUGGACUCAGGAUGGCAAGUCAGGAAGGAAGAAAAGGGCAGAAGGAGCCAAAGCAAAGAUCCUGGAGAGGAGAACGGCAGUUCUGAGAAGCAGCUAAGCAGGAAAGUGAGACGAAGGAAAGCAAAGGUAUUUCCCAGCAGAAAUGAACCCAAUGAUCCUUGUGAGCUGGAGAAGAGCAUAGGUCCUUCCCCUGCUGUCCUCAGCUCCAGUCUGCCCAGGAUCACGGAGGGCUUGCACGAGCCAGGUGGUUGCAUCUCCACAGAGGACCAAAACAGGACCCAGCACUCCCAAAAAGCCAAACAGUCCCCUUGUGAGGCCCAGCUUGCAGAAGACCUGGGCAACAGGGGGGCGUCUUCAAAGGAGAUGGUCAGCAAGGAGUCAGCAAUUGGCACAGUCACCCGCCCUGGGGAGGUGAAAGAUCCAAAUGGAGUGGAAGAUACACAGACUUGCAAAAACUGGGUUAGUGGGUUUGUGAAGCAAGUGACAAAGGGGUUGGGCAAAGUAAGCAAAGAGCAGCAUCGUGGUGCUGAUGAGGCAGAGGAGAUGCAUACUGGGACAGGACACAGCCCUGCAGCAGGCAGUGACACUGGGAACUGGAGUGGUGCCCCACAGGGUCCCACAGCUCCUGCUGAAGGGGCUCUGCCACUGGACACACAUGAUUUGGGAAUGACCCAAAAGGUUCCCAGACAAGGCACUCUGCAGACCAGCCCUCCUCCUGCAGAGCCAAAGCAAUGGGCGAAGGCAGAGGUGCCCCCAGGCAGAGAGCACUGCAUGGAGAACGCGGUCACCUCAGAUCUCCAGAGCUUUUUUGACGAUGACUCCACAUUCUCCCAGUUGUUCCCCCGGGAUGACCAGUUUGUCCGGAGGAAGUGCACACGGGUUUAUGGGAAGCGUAGCAAGAAACCCAAGCCCAUCACCGAAGUCAACCUUCAGGCAGCAGGUGCCAUCAACCUCUUCACCAUCCAAUUGGCUUCUGACCUCAGCGAAACCAGCUCUUUCUGUGUCACCAGGGAGGACCCUUGUGAAUACGAGACCAUCUCUGUUGACGAUGCCUUAAUGCUAAACAUGUGUCAUGGCAGCAAGACGAAGAGCGGGGAUGCUGCUCCAAACGGAUCUAAAAGCAUUGAGCUGAGGUUGGACCACAAGGCGACUGACCAAGGGAAGGAGGACAUUGACCUGGAAGACAACAUGCUCACCUUCUUGUGCCAAAACAGCCAAGUGGACAAUGUCCCCAGCUUGAACAUCUGGGGGAGUCUGGAGAAGGAGGGAGAAAGUCUCUCUGCUGAGGACAUGUUGGAACCUCUGAUGGACCUUGAGGAUGAGCACUCGCUCAGAGAAGCGAGCUCCGAGCCCCCCGACCUGGCAGAGGAGCCCUAUGAUGAUAAGGACAAUGAGGAUUCGGACUCUCCUGAAUUUCAUACCAUUGACAUCGAGAUGCUGAAUGCAAAGCUCAAAAUGAGAGACAUGUGCUUCUUUGGCCCUUGUGAAGAUCUUCCUGGCCAUGGGGAGGACAGCACUGUGAGUUUGAAGCCAAAGUCAGGCAAGCACAGGAGCAAGCUGGAAGAUGGGAAAUUGGGGAAAAACCGCGGUGAGAUAACCAUCAAGACCAAAGACAAGCAGUACAAAUGCAAAGUCUGCUUCCAGUGGUUCCUGACAUUGGGGGAGCUGGACUUCCACAAGCUCUCCCACAACCCUUCCCCUCCGCCUACCUGCUACAUGUGUGUCCAGCGCAAAUUCAGCUCCCGGGAGCAGUUGAGGGACCACCUGAAGGAGAAGCACGCCAAGAACAAAGCUGGGCUGUGGGCAUGCGGGAUGUGCCUGAAGGAGAUCUCCGACGUCUGGAUGUACAAUGAGCAUCUCCGGGAACACGCCACCCAGUUUGCCCGCAAGGGGCAGGCGCAGAAGUCAGUGAUGGGCCUGCCAGCCUGCUUUGGUGAGGACAAUGCUGCUGUCACCCACUUCCUCAACACCAUCAUGUAUCGGAAGCCCAACAGGUCCUCCCGGCACACCGACCCCAGCAGCAGGCAUGCGGUCACCAGAGAGAGCAAGAGCCCCAAGGAGCUGCCUCUCGAGCAGGAGGCCAAGGCAAUGAAAGACCCCUUGGAAAGCAACGUCAAGGUGAAGCCACCUGCUCCCAGCUCCUCUAAAGCAUCUGCCAGCCCCUCUCCAGAGCACAUGGCAAAAAGUGAAGGCACCCCAAAGUCUGUCCCCAUGCACCCAGACUGCAAAGAUCCUUCCAGGGACUGCCAUCACUGUGGCAAGCAGUUUCCCAAGCCCUUCAAGCUCCAGCGGCACUUGGUUGUGCACAGUUUGCAGAAGAUUUACUUGUGCCACAGGUGUCCCAUGUUCUACCAGGAAACCAAAGAGCUCCGAAACCACCUGAGCCAGGAGCAUGGUGUAGUGGAGGAGCAGGAGAUCAAGCACACCACCCUGUACACCUGUGAGCUCUGCGCCGACGUCAUGCACGUUAUCAAGAAGUCCUUCAUCUGCAGCAUGUGCAACUACACCUUCUCCAAGAAGGAGCAGUACGACCGGCACAUGGAGAAGCACCUGGCAGGAAGCAACAAGACUUUCAAGUUCAGAGGGGUCAUGAGGCCUGGCACUGCCUCCAGGGAGGGCAGGGAGAAGGAGAAAGAGGACGGAUGUCUCCAGGAGGCCAUGCCUCCGAGCAAGAAGAGGAAGGUUGCUCACCACAGUAGCUCACUCCCAUGCAGGUCACCAGUCCACCUGCACCACACGAGUGACCUUCAGCUGGUAGAGGCUGCAAGCCCCAGUCUGCAGAAUCCCACUGACUCCUUCCCAACAGCACCUGGUGAUCCAGGAGCACCCCAAACCUCCGUGAAAACAGAAGACCUGGUGGGUGACUUCUCCAACCUCCUGGCAGAGAUGGAGAAGUCCCCAUUUGACACCCUACCACCACCACCCUGCCUCUCCCCAUCUCUGCCUCAAGCUGCCGCAGGCAGCCCGGAGCUCAGCCACAUCGCUGGCCUGGCUAUCGAGGAGCUGGAGAAAGGAGCGUUUGAUGGGAAACCACUUCCUUUCUUGGACUCACCCGAGUUUACCAUGGACCUUGCUGGGCUGGCUUGUAACCAGGCCACAGACCAAAAACUCUCUCCUCCACACCUGACCGAGAAACGCGGCUGCGCCGAUGCCCAUAAAAGAACAGGCAACAAAGAUGAAUAUAGAGCAUAUGUCGUGGAAAAUCCCAGCACAGGCACCAAUGCCAUGGAUGAGAUCCCAUUUCUCCAGCUUGCCAAGAAGGUCUCAGAGCUUCCUUCCCCUGAGGCAGAGUCUCCACCAGCCAAGGAGACCCUCAGAUGGGGCAAUGUCAGUUCCAGCGAUGUCUCUGCUUGGGAAGGUGCAUCUGAGGUCACGUCUCCAGAAGCUGCCCACUACCCCCUGCCCCUGAAGGACAAGACAGCAUCACCCACACUCAACAGGUCCACCACAGAUUCAGCCCCACCAAAGAAGACCACAGGUAGCCAGCCUGGCAAUGAGGCUGCUCUGAGUGUAGGCAGCCCCAGCGGCAGCACCGAGGAGGGUCAACAACCCAUCUCCGGAAGGGACAAAUCCAUGUCUGAGGCUAAGGAUGGUAUCACCAACACCAAAGACCAAGGUGGUAACCCAGGCAAAUCCACCAGCCACCAGCCCAGGUGUGAAAUGGCCGCCAACGCCGCAAAGCACAGCCACGUGGAGCCAAGCAAAGCCACCGGCAAGCUUCACCCCAAGAGGAGGAAAGAACACAAAUCCUUGAGCCACCGGAGCAGCUCUGGCUCCCGGGAGAACAUGGAGGGAGAUGGGAAGAAGAAAAAAGCCCGGACGCCAUGCCCAGUGAGGAGCGAGAGCACUGUCGAGCUCAAACGCGCCAGCUGGAGCAACACCGAGGCCUCUGCCCUCUCCCCGGGGAGGAGGGAGACGCACUGCAACAAACUGGUACCCAAACCCAAAACGGGCCCCCAGCUGAAGAAGAUGGCCCUGGACACUUACAACCAGAAGAAAGGGGAGCUCCGUCACGCCAACGGGGACGUGAAACGCAGGAAGGCCAUUCUGGGCAAGAGCCUCCACCAAGUGCUGGCCAAGGGGCCGUCGCCGUCCCCACGCGGCACCUUGCAGAGCCCGCGCACUGCCCGUGGGGCCAAGCCGGCCGGCGCCGCCAGCUACCGCACCGCCGAGUCCCAGAACAACCUGCUCAGCCAACUCUUUGGGCAAAAAUUAACUAGCUUCAAAAUUCCUUUAAGAAGAGAUACUUCAGAAUAA